UCCUCUUUGGUCCGUCAUGGUGCAGCGUGUCACGUACCGUCGCCGUCUUUCGUACAACACCAAGUCCAACCGCACGCGGGUCGUCAAGACCCCCGGUGGCCGGCUUGUGGUCCACUACAUGAAGAAGAAGCCGAAGGGCGUCUCGUGCGGUGACUGCGGUGUUCAGCUCCAUGGUGUCAAGUGCAUGCGUGGCAUGCAGCAGUCCCGCGCUGCCAAGAGCGACCUCUCGGUCAACCGCGCCUACGGUGGCUCGCGCUGCCCGGGCUGCGUCCGCUCGCGCAUCACCCGCGCCUUCCUUGUGGAGGAGCAGAAGAUCGUGAAGCGCGUGCUCAAGGCCGCGGCUGCCAAGGAGGCCGCCAAGGCCAAGAAGAAGGCCAAGAAGGCCAAGAAGAAGACCAAGUCGAAGAAGUAAAGCAGCACUGUGCGCCUUGAGAAGA